AUGUCGUGGAAGAGGAACUACUUUGCAUCUGGUGGCGGAGCGGGAGGCGGGGUGCAGGGGCUGGUGACCCCGAGAACCAUGACCUCUAUUGCACCCAGCAAAGGCCUGAGCAACGAGCCGGGACAGAACAGCUGCUUCCUCAACAGCGCUCUGCAGGUUUUGUGGCAUCUUGACAUCUUUCGCCGGAGCUUUCGACAGCUGACCACACACAAGUGCAUGGAGGACUCGUGUAUCUUCUGCGCUUUAAAGAGUAUCUUUGCUCAGUUCCAGUUCAGCAGUGAGCGUGUGCUGCCAUCAGAUGCACUGCGGAGCGCUCUGGCCAAGACUUUCCAAGACGAGCAACGCUUUCAGCUGGGCAUCAUGGACGACGCUGCCGAGUGCUUUGAGAAUCUCCUGAUGCGUAUCCACUUCCACAUCAGUGCGGAGAGCAGAGAGGACAUCUGCACAGCCAAACACUGCAUACCACACCAGAAGUUUGCCAUGACUCUGUUCGAACAGUGUGUGUGUAACAGCUGUGGAGCCACAUCAGACCCCCUGCCCUUCAUUCAGAUGGUUCAUUACAUCUCCACUACAUCCCUCUGCAGUAACCAGGCAGUGAGGAUGCUGGAGUGCAGAGAGAAACCCACGCCGGACAUGUUUGGAGAACUGCUCCGCAACGCGAGCAACAUGGGAGACCUGCGCAACUGCCCUAGUAACUGUGGGGAGGUGUUGCGUAUCCGCCGGGUGCUGAUGAACUCACCGGAGAUUGUGUCCAUCGGGCUGGUGUGGGAUUCAGACCACUCUGACCUGGCGGAGGACGUCAUACACAGCCUGGGGACCUGCCUUCGUCUGGGAGAUUUGUUCUACCGUGUGACAGAGGAGAGGGCUCGCCAGGCGGAGCUCUACUUGGUGGGCAUGGUGUGCUACUACGGCAAGCACUACUCCACCUUCUUCUUCCAGACCAAGAUACGCAAGUGGAUGUACUUCGACGACGCCCACGUCAAAGAGAUCGGCCCUAAGUGGAAGGACGUGGUGUCUCGCUGUAUCAAAGGCCACUAUCAGCCCCUGCUGCUGCUCUACGCUGACCCCCGUGGGACACCGGUGAUACUGCAGGAGAGCCCCAACCCCUGUACUAGCUCCAACCCGCAGCUGGAGCUCCAGCACUGCAGCAGCAAGGCUGGUUACGACAGCGAAGACUCCGGUCGUGAACCGUCCAUAUCCAGCGACACUCGUACGGACUCUUCAACGGACAGCUCGAGUCACCGCGCCUCCCGAAGCCGAUCCCUUCACCAGUCCACGGGCAGCCACCUCUCCAGUGAAUCCCAGACCACGGUGGUCUGUAAUUACGACAUCGGCACACCACCGCACAGUGCUGACGCCAGAGGUAAUGCUGAAGUCCAGGAGCAAAAGUCAGCGGUGGAGGGUCCUCCCCGCCCUCCCUCUCCUCCCCUGCAGGAGUACAAGGAGACAGCCGUCUUUCUCCUCUCCUCCCGCCGGCCUCUCACCUCCUCCUCCUCCUCCUCUCGUCCCCUGUCCUCCUCCUCUUCGUCAGGAGUAGGGGGCUGCGAGGGUGGGGCUGGGGGCCCCCACUGGGAGGAUGAAAGCACCAGCAGUGAGAGCAAGUCCAGUUCCUCUGGAGGCCGCUACAGGCCAACCUGGAGGCCCAGGAGAGAGGCCCUGAACAUCGACAGCAUCUUCACUCGCCAGCGAGGCUCCACCCUGCCUGGUCCCUCUCUCCCUCCGGAGCCCCAGGACUCCCUCCCUUUGGCGGGACCCGCUCUACCCACACAGCCAGGCCUUCAAGAGGUGGAAGGGAGGGAGAUCGGGGAGUUGGAGGCAGGGUUUGGGCUGGUCGGGCAGCCCAGGUCUCUGGGCAGCGGGCGGACGAUGGGUCCCCCUGCCCCUCCACCUCUGAGAGGGGUGGAGCACCAGCCACGUCUGAUUCAGAGGAUGGAGAGUGGCUACGAGAGCAGUGAGAGGAACAGCAGCAGUCCCGACAGGGAGGUGGGUCAACAGAAACGGGUGCUGAUGUCAGGGCCUUCAUGGCGUUCGGUGCCCAAGUCAAAGAGCAGCGGUGCCAUCCUGCAGGAGCUGCCCUCACCCAGCUGGGGUAGCAGCACCAACACAGGCUCAGGGCGCAGUGAGCUGGAUGAGCUGCAGGAGGAGGUGGCGAGGAGAGCCCGGCAGCAGGAGCAGCAGAAGCGGAGGGAGGCCGAGCGGGAGGCGGCCAUGGGAUUCAACCCCAAACCCAGCAAAUUCAUGGACCUGGACCAGCUCCAACACCAGGUGAACAGCCUGGCCCGGUCCAAGUACUGCUGACGCCCAAUCAGGAGGAGGAAGAGGACCAGGCAACGCCCAACCAGGACGCUGCUCUGUGUCCGGAC